GGUUCUGGCUUGAAUUGAUCUGCUACUUUGUCAUAUGAGCUGAUUAAAGAUGCCUUGGGGGCUGAGUACUGGUGAUCUUACUCUGUGUAAAAAUAGAUUCUUUUGACUGAGAGGUGAAGGUAUCUUUAUAUUUCUUAAGUCAGCUCAUACUCCUAUACUCCACAUGAGGCAGAGGUAAUGCAGACUAUCUUAAGUAGGUCAGAUAGCUUGUUUAACAGGCACCGUGAGGGUGAAUGAAAGGAAGAAAGUGCAUGAGGACAGAGGGUUUUUCCUAACAGAAAAGGAAGAAUGAGAGACUUGUUCUGAAAAGAGAGGAAGCACGGAACCUGUCCAGGCGCAAUCAGCUACUAGGGAAUCCUGCUCGAGGGAUUAGCGGUCCGUCAAUGAGGAACUACCGGCUCAUCUUCUGCCACAACCUGAAGCAGCCAUAGAUGAUUCAGUGGUUUACUGGCCAGGGGAGGAGAGGAUAGGACACACUUUCACUGCUUCACGACGUGAGGUCUUGGCGGGUUUGUGGUGAGGAGGAGGAGGCCAUGAGGAAGAGCGUGUCUCUGUUGCCAGGCAAUGAGGGCGGGAGCUCAGCCUGCACCACGCGUGUUUUUGGCGUUCCAUUGGAGGAGGUGUCACGCACACACACAAUAAAUGGCCAUGAGGUUCCUGCGCUGGUGAAAGACAUCGUCGACUACAUCGAGGAGCAUGGCCACCUGGACCUGGAAGGUCUCUUCCUGGUUAAUGGCAACGCAGAGCGUGUGGAUUGGCUGAGACAGCGCUACGACAGCGGCGAAGAGGUGGAACUAGAGAAGGAGGCUGACCUGGCAUCAGCGGUCAGUUUGCUCCGACUCUUCCUGCAGGAGCUUCCUGAGCCCGUUAUUCCAACAGCGAUACAGGGACACAUAUUACAGCUACACCAAGAUUACAGCAGUGAGGAGGAGUUGUGUAGAAACUUGAAGUACCUGCUGCAGCAGCUUCCCCAGCUCAACUACGGCCUGCUGCGCUUCCUCUGCCGCUUCUUGUCCAGCGUUGCAUCUCUUCAGCAGGAAAGCUGGAACGUCGGGGCGCUGGCCGCCGUCUUCGGACCAGACAUCUUCCAUCUGUCAACAGAAGGAGAGGACAUCCGGGACCAGGAGUCAGUAAGCAGAGUCCUGGCAGAACUGUUGGACAACCAGGAGGGCCUGUUUGACUCGGAAGAUGACGAUGUUUCUACUACCAACGACUACAGCUCCAUCACCGAACAGAUCACAGAGCUGCUGGAUGAUGACAAGUGUGAGGCAGAAUGUGAAGAGCUGCCUCAGGACGGGGAGGAGGGUCCUUCCUCCUCCGACUCACCACAACACACUCACGCUGAUGACAGCCCUGCAGCCAGCUCCCACCUCUCCUCCAUACCCAUCCUGCCUGCCGACUCUGCUGAGAUCAUACAGCGAACCAUCAGGGCUGCAGUGGAGCAGCACUUCUUUGAGCUGAAAACAUCCAUCGACCACGGCCUCAGCAACUAUGACAGCCAGAGAGUAAGUCCCAGUGAGAGUGCAGAUGAGGGUUGCCAUGGAGACGGGGAACAACAGACAGAACCCGAGGACAGUCCCUGUGACACAGAAGGGGAGACCCCACUCACGCAGACAGAGGAACACGUGCAACAAAGCCAAACGGACACGCAGGAUUCACUGGACUCCAACACCACCGUGACUGAGAGCUUAGGAAUGGAUCUGGAUGCGGAGGCUGUCAGAGAUGCCGAGAACAACAUCAACACUGCCAGGCAGGACAAUCAACCCUGUGAGAACAUGGACCAGACUGACACCAUAAGCUGUGACACAGAUUCAUGCUGCUGUGAUCAGAACGCCAACACCAGCGAGACCAACAGGAAUCACCUGUUGCCAUGCCAACCAAACUCUGGCCAGAACCCCCACCUCCAACUCUUUCCCGACAACCAAUGGGACGCGUCGCCCCCCUCCCAUCUCCACCUCCCUCCCAUAGAUUUCUCAUGUAUGCACCUGCAAAAAGAAGGCCACGACCCCAUCCCAGCUUACAAAUCCUGGCACGAUGACAAUGAGAGCGGAGAGGCGCAGCUCUCCCCGCUGGCUGGUCGCAUGGUUCCUCUCCCCCCACUGCCCCUGGAAGAGGAGGGUGAGGACGAGGAUGGGGAGGGAGGGCAGGAAGCCUCCCCUUCCUCCUCUCGCUCCCACCAUCACCUUUUGGCUCGGCGCUUCCUCGACUUUGGCGCGCACGGUGCUCAGCGCUUCCUUCAGCAGGACCCAGACGUCACCUCGCCCACCAAAGCGCAGAGGCCACGCCGAGCUUCGUUUGGCUCAAAAGAGGCGAUGAGAGGAGGAGACGCAGUGACUCACCAACUCACCAAAAAGCUACAGCACCUGAAGAAGAAAAUCAAACAGUUUGAAGAGCAGUUUGAGAAAGAGAGGAACUAUAAGCCCUCUCACGCAGAAAAGGCAGCUAACCCCAAAGUCCUCAAAUGGAUGACCGACCUCACCAAGAUACGGAGGCAAAUUAAAGGACGCCAGCACCACCUUUUACCCAGAAGCACGCUGAGGCACCAGGCUUUGCUCCAUUCACACAGACGCCACCAUGCUCCCUCCUCCCCUUCCUCCUCCUCUUUCUGCUCUCCUCCCCAUCACACACUCACCCCCCCGCGCCACCCCUACUCAGGCCUGAACUGUAGACCGUUUCACCUCAACGCCAAACACCGCGCAGAGAGCGAGCUGGGCCCUCAGACUCGUCCUCGGAGCAACACUUUGCCCAAAAGCUUUGGCUCCACACUGGAUCAAGGUGCCCACGACGCAGCGGGGGAGGUCAAGGGUUCACACCCCACCAGGGAGGAAACACUGGAGUUAAUUCAACGCAGAGUCAAAGGGAAGAAGCAGGAGGACGGCUGGCCUGAUGAUAUCAAGAAGAUGACAAAGGAGCAGUUGUCCUGCGAGAAAACUGUCCUGCAGAAGAACCUGCUGCACUACGAAGGCCUGCACGGGCGACCGGUGACCAGAGAGGAGCGUCAGGUGGUGAAGCCUCUCUACGAUCGCUACAGAUUGGUCAAGCAGAUGCUCACCAGAGUCAGCAUCACGCCUAUCACAGUGUCCCCCUCCAGCAAGAGGCGGAGUCAGACCCUGCAGCCAAUCAUAGAAGGAGAAACAGCUCAUUUCUGGGAGGAGAUCAAAGAGGAGGAGGAGGACGAGCAGAAAAGUGGCAGCAGCAGCGGCGGCGGCGGUGGAGUAGGAGUAGGAGGAGAGGAAGAGGAGAAGGAGGAGGAGGAGAGGGAUGAGGACGAAGAGGAGGAGGAGGAAGAGGACGAAGAGAGCAGCGGUGGGGAAAUGCAGAGCCCCGACGUCAUCAUGGCCGUGGACCUCGUGUCCCCGGCCGACAGGCAAGGGAGGAGCCAGACCCAAACCGACAGCGACUGUUCAAUGAGAGCCAAGCUCGAGGAAGGGUCGGGGAGGCUGGCACUGGACCUGCGACUCUCCAGCUCCAACGCCUCAUCCAUGCCAGAGCUGCUGGAACAGCUGUGGAAGGCCAGAGCAGAGAAGAAGAAAAUGAGGAAGACCAUCAGAGAGUUUGAGGAAGAUUUCUAUCAGCAUAAUGGAAGAAAUGUUCAGAAGGAGGACAGGGUGCCCAUGCUGGAAGAGUACAGAGAGUACAAGAGGAUCAAGGCCAAACUCCGCCUCCUGGAAGUCCUAAUCAGCAAACAGGAUUCCUCCAAAUCCAUCUAGCCCCGCCCCCACCCCAGGAUUCUCCAUCACUGACUACACGGAGACCAGUUUAACACGCCUGCAGUCACGUCACGGACAAAACCGCGUCCAGGUGCACUUUAGGGACUUUGGCUUGUAACCUGUGUACCUAGCAUUUCUCACAUUGCAGUCCAACACGUGCUGUUGACGGCAUCGGUGUUAGAACAAACAAUAAAUACAAUUAGGAAGCCUCCGGAUCUCGUUCAAUUUCACUUCACGACCCGAGAGCCAGAAAUAUGUCGACAUACGGCGCUAAAUGGCAUUUAGUCAUUUCUCCAUGGCGUGACUGCAGCGCCACCUUCAGUGAAACCUCAGAAUCAAUCAGCCCAUCUGUGCUGCCUGGUCUCAUUCUCAAAAACACUGACAAACAUCUUCAUUAACACUGUUCUUUGGUUCGUCUUCAUCAGACUAGUCGCGUCUCACAUCCUCGUCUUGAGGAAACUAAACCUAUUUUCUUUUUUUUUUAUUGCAGGAACUUUUCCGUUUCUUUUUCUUGCCUCGAGGAAUGACAUUUGGAACAUUUUACACACACACACUCUUCACUUAAAACACGCGUGUUUGUUUGUUUGUUUGUUUGUUUGGGACAAUUCUUUCACAGAGUCACGAUUUUAAAAACACAAAGGAGGCCAUUGGUCAUUUUUUUGGGCCAGAAGAUUGAACGUCUUCACAUCCUCAAUACUUCAGACUGAUUUUAAAUUAAUUUUAAACGCAUGUUUUUUUUGCGUGUUUUAAUGUAGUUAAAAAAAAUAAUAAUUAAGUAGACCGUAUACACACAUUUGUUUGUUUGUUUGUUGGAGAGACACUGCUGUUUAUGUCGAAUGAAAAAGCUGUCGCAUUCUACAAAAACAAAAGAAGACUCCCAGUGUCAUUCUCAUUUUCAGCAUUUCGGUUCUGUCGGGAACAAACACAACAUUGAUCUUUUUUACGUCAUAUCCUUGUGAUUUACAUAUUUCUGACGGGAUCGAAAAAGGAUUAAGACGACAAGAGUUGGCUUUUCCGCGCAUGAUUUUGCUUCGUUUUUUUUCCCCCGCCUCAGACGGUGACAUUUUUACAACAUGGAAAUUGAGAUUCUUUGCUUGAAAGUUGUAUAAUUAAUUGUAAUUGAAUAGAGGCGGCGUUCACUGUCAGCACUGAUUCUAAAACAUCUGUGGAUGUCUUUGACUGGAACCAUUAGAGAGAAAGAGACAAGAGAGAGUUUCACAGAGGUGUUUUUCCUGCUGGCGGGUAAAAAGGUGACGAGGACAAAGAACAAGCAGAGUCCAUUUUGAGGGUUUGAUACUCUGCAGUGUCAUUACUUCAAACGCGGGACAAAGACAUUUCCAACAGUCGCUUGAUUUGGCUUUGGGCAGGGUUACGUUAAUGAAGUGGCUAAAGUCUGAUUGUCAGAACCUUGGUGGCUGAUUUGAUCGUCGCGUUGUAGCCGCUGAAACAUACACACAAAAAUGUGCUUUUCUUACUGUAUCCAUGGACGUUUAUCGGCGAGAAUCAGCAGCCAUGGCGAGGGAGGGCGUAAGCGUAUGUUUGUCGGCAUGGAAACAAACGGAGGUCAUUUGAGUUAAAUGUUAUUUGCACAGCGUUCACAGAAUGCAGCCCUUUUUAUUUUGGUUCUUUUUUUCAUUUUUAUUUCUAAAAAUGAAGCACUACUUCUAUAUAAAUAUAAAUAUAUAUAUACUGUACAUAAAAGGAAAAAAAUAAAUAAAUAAACAUACACACACACACACACACACCCGAAGGAAUGAAUGUCAGAAAUGUUUAAAUUAUUUCAAACAUUACGUUUGGCCCCCUUUGGUUUGAUUGAUUAUAUUUGUGAUGCCCUGAAAAUGGUUCUAUUUUUUAUCAUUAGAAAUACUGCUAUUACUUAACCAUAACCCAUGACUUUUGGUGUGAUAUUGAGGAUAAUAAGAAUAUUAAUCCUGUUGUAUUUACUUACUAACUAACUGUAAAAAAAAAAAAUUAAUUACAAUUUACAGCUGUAGAAGUUAGUCUGGCACUGUGUGUGUGUGUGUGCGCGCGCGUGUGGCUAAUCAAACACGCUCUAUUGAUUUAUUUUUGUUGCUCUUUGUAAGACAAAAAAAAAGUUCCUAAAGAAACAGAGCUGUAGUGACCUUGCAUGGCAAAUGAGAACAUACUAGUGUAAAAUUACAUAUGUCAUAUUAUGUCAUUGUCACACGUGUCACAGUGCAGUAACAAUAAGGGACGGCUUUGAUUGUUUCGUUUUAAAAGUCAAUCAUUGCACUGAUUAAAAUACACCAGUCUUAUUACCACUAGGUGGCAGCAGCAAGCAUUUUUGGUUUGUGACUGCAUGUGGGUGUUUGGAAGCUGCUCCUCGAAAAUCAACUCGCUUUGGGAGCCUCCAACGUGAUUACAAUUUACCAGGAUCCUUGAAUGCAUCACACGGUUUUAGUGAUUGCUGUGUGAUAUUUGUGUAUAGAUCAGGACGAUAUUUAAUCGAAAAAUGGUCAUUUGACACAAGACAGAAUCUGAACCCUGCGUUACUUUCACAAAAUGCGCUGCUGCAAUUUAGAAGAUUGACAAAUGAUCCGGGCAAUUCAUCGAAAAGCACUUUUGCUUGAAAUGUCCAUCCCGAGUAACAACAAUAUAGUAAAAGGUAUGGGAGGGUAAUAACGAUAAUAUUAGUCUUCUCUUAAGUAAAACGUAGGUAAACGCUUCGUAAAAGACAAUUAGAAUGAGAAUUAAAGUUGGAAUUUAACUCAUUAUGUUCUACUAACUUGUCAUUACUAAGCUGUUACUUGCUCAUUUCCAUACAAAUGACGUGUUUUUACCGUAAUGUUACGUGUUAUGUUUUCUUUGUUACUGCACUGUGAUGUUCAAGUGUCACCAUUGUUGUGUUAUUUGUGCCAUGAAGAAGCAGCAAUAAUAAAACUGUGUGGAGGUUUUUUUAAAAAAAAAUAUGUGUCGGGUCACAAUGACUUUGAUCAAUGUUUGAGGUGCUUUUCCUUUUACAUUUUAACACGCGCACACACUCUGUCUUUCCAACACUUGUCAGCGCCACUGAAAAUAACCAAAACUACGCAACAAAACAGGUGAAGAGGGACUGAAAAGCCAAUGAUAUAUCAAUGUGUUGGAUCUGAAAACAUUCCAAGAUUUUAUCGCCACCAUUUAAAAAACAAAAGUGGAAGCGUCAUCUGCAGAUUUAGUUCUCAUUGGCACGUCAAUCAGUCAGUUGCUCGCGACAGAACGGUAAAACUGGAAACAUGUAUUCUGUUUAGGUCGGUGUGAAGAUUUGGGUUGUUUAUUUUUAAAUCACACUUACCCCGUCUGACGUGCGCGGAUGUUUCUCACACGGAAACACGCACACACACACUGUGUGGAGUUCACAGCAGAGGUCGCUGUCAAUGAUGUCGGCUCCUCCUCCUCCUCCUGGAAGAAAACAGACAACACUUUAAAUAUUAGUGUUUUUUAAGUCUGUGGUGUGAUUUUUCUGAGAAAAUGCACACUUGAAUAUUAGUCAGAGUUGAAUUAAGUGAAGUUGACACUGAUUUUUGCUGUGUUUUCCUCCUCCGUGUGUUUCAUCACAAUAAGAUAGAUUGUAUGUACUGUGUGUGUAAAUGUUUUCAUACUUUGUCAAUGUUGUUCUCUUAUUUCUUCAUUAACAAAACGGAUGAGAAAAUAAAAUCAUUAACAGACACUUACACCUGAAAAUAAAAACGACGACAAGCUUGCCACAUCA